UCAGGACAGUGGUAACAGGUGACUCUUCUACGCUACGCUCUACGUACAGACGUAAACACGUGCUGCUCCUGCUCACAGGUUUCUAUUCACUUCUCCAUCCCUCUCCUCCCGCAUCAUUCAGUAGCAGCAGAGAUGGCGGAACCCGCCACAGCAACGCUUUCUCCGGCCAUGAGCCCGAGCUCCGAGCCUCCGUACGGCACACACUCUCCCACGGCAGGCGGAACACAGCGGCUUCUGUUUACGCAUGACCUGGUCUCUGGAAAACACCGCGGGGCGAUGCGUUUUGGGCUCGUACGGAUGAUUCACGGCGAGGAGGAUUUUGAAGAUUCGGACUCCGAGAUUGACUGUGAUGGCGGAGGGAGAGGAGGUGGAGGCGCUCCCGGUAACUCCGACAACGAGAGCAGGGCGGCGGACACACGGUCAUGGCCUCUCGGUAGAGAAUUCGUGCGGGUUCAGUGGUAUCCUGAAGGAACGAAGCAGGAUAUUCGGGAAACACAGCUCAAACUUGAAGAUCGGUCUAUUGUGCCUAGAGACUUUGUCCGGCGAAUGAAUUCAAAUGAUAAACAGUGUGGCAUUGUGACUAACAUAAACACCAAAUGUGCAGUGAAACUUGUAGGAACCAACUGUGUUCUAUAUCCUGUAAAUAGCAAAGACCUGCAGCACGUCUGGUCAUUUAUGUAUGGUGACUACAUUGUAUAUGAUUUCUGGCUUGGAAAAGUGUAUGAUCUCAGCAUCCAAAUCGUUGUGAAGCUUUCCAACGGUGCACGAUGUUCUAUGAGUGAGGAAGAUGGUGCAAAACUCUAUGAUAUUUACCCUCACGUCAGUGAUGUGGGUUUGUUCUUUGACGAUGCCUAUGGGUUCUAUCCGGGUCAGGUUUUGAUUGGGCCCUCAAAGGUUUUUGCUAACGUGCAAUGGCUGUAUGGUGUGAAGCCUGUUCUCAGUAAGAAAAGCAAGUUCAGAGUUGUUGUGGAGGAGGUUCAAGUGGUGGAGCUAAAGGUGACAUGGAUUACAAAAAGUUACUCUCCAAAGGGGUCAGACAGUGUCUUUCCACCGCCUUCAACCAUCACACAGGAGAACCUUUGCAGGGUGAAGCGACUUGGGUACUUUGAUCAUACUCAAAGGCAACUUGGGGAGAGAUCCCUGUAUGUUUUUCCCGCCAAGAGUGAAACCACACGGAUAACUUGUGAGGGGCCAGAGGGGGCACCUGCUCACCCUGAGGACCCUGUUGUACGAAAGUUAAAAAGAAUGUUUAGAAAAGAAGUGGGAAAGAAAAUUCCAGAAAAUGCAGACUCACAGAGUAACAAUUCACAGUCAACAGAGAAAACGGACAGCAUAGAAGGUGAAAAGAGAUCAGUGCAGGAACAGGAUUGUUCUGAUGAUAAUUCUGUUCCAUGCUACCCCAACAAUGGUCCUGUUCCGUGCCAGGAUGCUCUGGAGGAGGGAAAAGAGCCACCAUUGGAUGGUCUUCAGGGACAAUGGGCCCAUUUGGGUGACCAAGAGUCAGAUGAGGAGCCAGGUGAUGAUACAGAUGAUACCAGCUCUGUCACUUCCUCUGCCAGCUCUACGGCCUCACUGCAGAGUGGCCCAACACGAAAAAAGAGCAUUCCUCUCUCUAUCCGCAACCUAAAGAGAAAACACAAGAAGAAGAGGACUAAGUUUUCACGCGAGUUUAAACCAGGAGACAGGGUGGCAGUUGAGGUUGUCUCCACUGUAACCUCUGCAGAUGUGAUGUGGAAGGAUGGUACAUUAGAGACAGGGAUCCGCUCCAAUGACCUGAUCCCUAUCCAGCACCUGGACAACCAUGAGUUCUGCCCGGGAGACUAUGUUCUAGACAAACGACCCCAGGCUCUUCUUGAUCCAGGCAUCUAUGGGGUGGUUCAGUCAGGUGAUCAUAAGGCCAGAACCUGUGUAGUCAAGUGGGUCAAACUCAAUGCUGCAGGCGACAAUGUUGAGGUGAUUGGGGAGGAGGAGGACGUUAGUGUUUAUGACAUUGCUGAUCAUCCAGAUUUCCAUUUUCACACAACGGAUAUUGUCAUAAGGAUCGGCAACUCUGACACAGAGGACUGUGAAAAUGAGAGAUCUGUUGGCCAAGUGUGCAGGGUGGAUCUGAGCAGUAAAGUGGAGGUUGUGUGGGCUGAUAAUUCAAAGACUAUUGUCCUGCCACAGCACUUGUAUAAUGUAGAGUCUGAGAUUGAAGAAACAUAUUAUGACUCUGCAGAGGGCAGCAGUAGUGGUGCCUCAUCUGAAGAAUGGGAAGAUGAGAGUGAUAGCUGGGAAACAGAUAAUGGACAAGUGGAAGAGGAACCAGGUGGUGGGGAAACCAUCCCAGUCUCUUCCCCCAACACAGGUGUCACUUCUGAUGGCAAAACCCAUGGCGUGCAUGCUUCCACGACUACAGACUCACCAGGAGCUAUCUCCACACCUGAACUUCCUGGAGGUGGAGUUGAUGCGCCUGAAGAGAAGCCCAGUAAAGAGACUCCACCACGGGGAUUUCGUGAGCUUAAAGAAGCUCUAAAGAUUUUAGAAAGUUUAAAGAACAUGACUGUUGAGCAGCUCUGGACCGGAUCACCCACUUCACCCACUGCCGAACCAUCAGCCACAACUGCUGCCACAACCCCCGCUGAUGCCAAACCCACAAAAGAAAAACGCUUUCUGGAUGAUAUUAAGAAACUUCAGGAAAACCUGAAAAAGACUCUAGACAAUGUGGCCAUUGUAGAAGAAGAUAAAAUGGAGGCUGCUAUAGAAGAGGAGAGGGUGAUGGCACCAGUGCUAGCUGAACCACAGACGCCUGUGCGUUCUGAGUGGCCUAGUGACACACCCGUUUUGUGUCAGCAGAGUGGAGGCAAACCAGGUGUCACCUUCACCAGUGCUAAAGGGGAAGUGUUUUCCGUUUUGGAAUGGGCACCAGACACCCACUCUUUUAAAAAAAUGGAAUUCCAGCCAGCAGAGGCAAAGAAGUUCUUUAGCACUGUAAGGAAAGAAAUGGCCCUGCUGGCCACCUCUCUGCCCGAUGGCAUCAUGGUGAAGACUUUUGAGGACAGAAUGGACCUUUUCUCAGCUUUCAUUAAGGGCCCUAACCGCACUCCCUACGAGGAUGGACUCUUCCUCUUUGAUAUUCAGCUUCCUAAUAUCUAUCCUGCUGUUCCUCCUCUCUUCCGUUACCUGUCUCAGUGCAGCGGCCGACUUAAUCCCAACCUCUAUGACAAUGGGAAGGUUUGUGUCAGUCUUCUCGGCACCUGGAUUGGAAAGGGUACUGAAAGAUGGACCAGCAAAUCCAGUUUACUGCAAGUGCUUAUCUCUAUACAAGGUCUGAUCCUUGUCAAUGAGCCAUACUAUAAUGAGGCUGGCUUUGACAGUGACCGAGGACUUCAAGAGGGUUACGAGAACAGUCGCUGCUACAAUGAAAUGGCACUCAUUAAGAUGGUGCAGUCAAUGACUCUACUUCUCCAGCAGCCUGUGGAGGUCUUUCAGCAGGAGAUCUGUGAGCACUUUGCCUGCAAUGGCUGGCGGCUGGUCCAUCGGCUGGAGUCCUGGCUAGAUUUGGAUGGGGGAGUGACCGACCGUGCUUCACGAUGUGGGGUUGGCAGCCUCCAUGCAGAACCUUUGGAGGAGAUCCCCUCAGCUCUGGCCCACAGUAGUCCAAGCAAACAGGAUGUGCGAAGUGAAGAGGAGCUUGAGGAUUCCGGUCUCAGUCCUUCCACAGUGGGGCCCAGCUUACCUCCUGGAUCAGCCGGGCAGCAGGAACUGAGCCAGAACUCUGAUUGUGAUAGCUCAGUGGUGGGGGGUGCAGGAUCAGAAAUACUGGAAGGUUUUGAAGGGGUGUCUGGUUUUGUGACAUCUCAAAGUGUAAAACCAUGUCAGGAGUCUCAGCCGGCUGUGAGACCAAAGAAACGGAGAAAGAGCUAUCGGAGCUUCCUACCAGAGCGCAGUGGCUAUCCAGAUAUUGGAUUCCCACUCUUCCCUCUUUCCAAAGGCUUCGUAAAGAGCAUGCGUGUAGUUUUGCAGCAUUAUCGAGCUACUCUUACAGCUGCUGGCGUUCCUGAAUACCCAGAAAACAAAUAAUUGCCCUCCAGUGUAUUUUUUUCCCCU